UCGCUAUGAACUCUGGGUAAUAACCGGAAGCUGUUUUGAAGUGUCCUUGCAGUGCUAGCUUGGUGGUGUUUACAAUUGCUAGUCAUGUUUAGGCACAUAAGGGCUCUGAGGCAGGUGGCUGCUCGUCCGUUUUCUAACACUGCUGGCAGGCAGGUUGAAAACAAAGUCGCUGCCAAGCAGAAAAUCUUUCAGGAGGACAAUGAUUUGCCUGUUCACUUGAAGGGAGGUCCCAAGGAUGCCCUUCUGUUCUCAGCAACAAUGGCCCUCACAGUCUUUGGAACUGGAUACGUUAUCUACGAGUUGUUUAAAGCAGCAAUGCCCAAUAAGAAGGAAUAAAGAAGAUCCUUCAUCCGGGUGUUAAAUGGCUCUUAUCCAGUUGUGAAGAUUUGUUGUUGUUGGUUUUUAUUUUUGUGUACACAGGAUCAAUAUUUAUUCACUGUUGUGUGGAUACCUAAUAUGUAAUAAACUAUUGUUCUGCAAAA